UACAUGCAGCGCGGCUUGCCAUAGGCGGGGACUGAGCGAACCAGACGGGGUGGAGCAACGCUUGGCCUGGCCCCUCUCGGCGCAGACAUCCUUGUGUCCCGUUCGCCUUGCGCGUUUCGGAACCGGAGAGGGGGCUGGUCUGUGGGAGGGACUAGCGCAAAGGGGGGACUAGGACCAGGAGGGGGCGGGGUGGCGGCGAGGGUGCUGUUUCUCCAGUCUCUUACCAGUGUCUUUGUCUCACACUCUUUUGUUAGCCAUGCCUAGCUUGCUGGUUCUAGCAGGGAUCAUGGAGAAAAAUGGGGGCUACGGCGGGGAUUUGGCCGGCUCCGGCUUCGGCAGCGAAGGUCUCCUGGUGCCACCCGAGGAGGAGGAGGACGAUUCCCGUGCCCUUAGAGUUGCGCUGGGCCAACUGUCGCUGCUGGGUCUUGGAGAGGGCGAGGACGGGGCUCCUGCGGGUGGAGGUGGCGGUGGUGGAGGAGUUCAAGACAGGAGUAACAAUAACCAUCACAAUCACAUCCCAGCCGAUUCGGGGAUGUUACAAGGGAAGAACAAGUUGUGCGCCCUGUACGAGAGCUCGCCCACCGAAACCAAAGGACGGGGCUGCAACAUAACGGAGUGCGUCCCCGUGCCAAGCUCCGAACAUGUGGCCGAAAUAGUGGGGAGGCAAGGUUGCAAAAUCAAAGCUUUGCGCGCAAAGACAAACACCUACAUCAAGACCCCCGUCCGAGGCGAAGAACCAGUCUUCCUCAUCACCGGCCGCAAAGAGGACGUGGCCCUGGCCAGACGUGAAAUCAUCUCAGCUGCGGAGCACUUUUCCAUGCUGCGGGCCUCCAGGAACAAGCUGGGCGUCUCUUUCAGCGGCUCGCCUCCUGCGCCGCUCCCUGGCCAGACCACCAUACAGGUGCGGGUGCCCUACCGUGUCGUGGGUCUGGUGGUCGGGCCGAAAGGCUCGACUAUAAAGCGCAUACAGCAGCAAACGUGCACUUACAUCGUGACUCCGAGCCGCGACCGCGACCCCGUCUUUGAGAUCACCGGCUCCCCCGGAAACGCCGAGCGGGCGAGGGAAGAAAUCGAGGCGCACAUCGCCUUCCGCACGGGUGGCCUGCAUGACCACAACAAUGAGAACGACUGCUUGGGACCUGACAGCGGCAACGGGGGUCUGGAGAGCCGCCUGCAGCAGGUGUGGGGGCUACAGGGGGCCCCGCGCAAGCCGCUUGCCAGCAGCUACCGCCAGAAUUUCUCAGACGCCAUGGUCGGAAGUGGCAGUGGAGGAGGAGGAGGAGGAGGUGGAGGCGGCGGCGGGAUUUACAGUAAAGGUGACUUUACCAACCACAGCAGUGGGGACAAGCCAUGCUCCUACUUCGGAUCCGAAGGCACUCAAAGCUGGGGCGAUCCCGACUAUCCCAAACAGGUGGCUUACUACGCCCAGCAGCGCUCCAAAAGCUUUGGAGGCCUGCCUCUUCCUCUGACCAGACUGUCGCCAGGACUGCCCGAACCGUGCGGCACCGGAAACUCCAACGCGGUGGGGUCUCCUCACGCCCAGGCACGCCGUGCCCACAGCGAGCCCACCGCCGUCACCGCCGCGUUCACCGGACGUCUCCCCGUGCCGGAUUCUCCGCCCGCCAUAGCCCGGGACUGCAUGACCUGUUUUGAAAGUAAAGUGACCGCUGCUCUGGUCCCGUGUGGUCAUAACCUCUUCUGCAUGGAGUGCGCCAUCCGAAUUUGUGAGCUAAACCAUCCGGAGUGUCCUGUCUGCCACACCCUGGUUACACAGGCUAUCCGGAUAUUCUCUUAAGAAGUCGACUUAUCUUUACUUUUUUUUUUUUUUUUUUUUUGUGGUUCGUUUUUACUCUGUAGAAUCAGUUCACUUUUAAUCUUGUUUUGUUUUCUUUUGGUCAGUAUUCACUUUUUUUAUUUUUCAGAAAACACAAAACCAAAACAAGCAGAUAUUUUAGAACACACUGCUUGGUUUACUAAAAAAAAAAAAAAAGAGGAAGAAGUAUUUUCAGAUUUUUCUUUUAUAUGUACACAUAUAUACAUAUAUAUUUUAUAAAAGUUUUUUUAAAAAUGGAAAGAACGUAGUUCUUAGCAUCUUGGUUUGUUUUGCUUUAUUUUAUUUAAUUUUUUACUGGUGCUGUUUUUUUCCACAUGCUGCGUGUGGACAGUAACAGAAGAAAUAAUGUGAACAUUUUACACUUUUCCUUUGCUGGGGAGGUAUAUUACUAUAUGAAAAAAAUAUCAUUACGAGUUUAUUUCCUAAGAUUGGAGUAUAGUUUUACAUCCCAGCAUCUUCUGCAAAUGAGCGAGUAUUCUUUUUUUUAAGGCAAACUAGAAUCUUAAAUCUUUGCACCUUAAAACUGAUGUAAAGUGAUUGUCAAAAAAACAUUACAUUUCUAGAUGUCUAUGCGAAAUAGAUGGUAUAGAAAUAGGGGCUGAUAUAUACGACCUGAUGGCUUUAAAUUCAGAUCAUCACAAUUACCGAUGUAGUAUCUGCUUUGCAAAUCAAUAAUCGAACGGGUAAUUGACGAGUAAAACAGGGAGUUUCUUUUUCGUUUCGUUUUGUUUUGUUUCUGCACCAGUGAGCCUAUUAUGUGAUGUAUCUAAAAUGGUCUUAUUAGGUACAAUACGAAAGAAAAAAAAGAAAGGAAAAACUAUUUGAGCAAACUGAUUGGUCAGCUCAAAAAAAAACCUUGGAACUCAUCCAGCGUUGUUUUCAAGAGGACUUCCCGGGUUCUUUCAGUAACGUUUUUUUAUUCUCUUUCCUGCACUCAGUACGUUUAUGAUUUUUUUUUUUCCUUUUACGCAUUAUUUAGUAAAACGCUGAACAUAAGGCAUAAGAUGAAGUAGGAAAAAAAAAAAAAAAGAGGGGGCGAUUGAGGGGAGGGGGUCUGUAAUCUGAUCCUGAAUAGACCAAAUAGACAAAAGCAAGCAAGACUCCGAGCUACAGUACAAUGUAAAUCACCCGUUCCCGAGUUGCAAAGCGUCCUCCGACUGUCCGUCUGCACUGAGGCAGGUGUUGCAUAUCGUACUCUAGAUUAAGUUUUUUUAUUUUCCGAGGGUCCGGUUUGUCGGGGAGGACUGUGCUCCAAUUCCACGAAGCGCUCAUUCGCUGUAAUGACGACCGAGCUCCUCCCAGUGAGUAUAUUGUUUUGUCGCAGUGGUGGUACAAUCCCCGGAGCGCCCCGACAUGGCCUGCCCUAGGAGGAGCCGAUAAUUAGCCAUACAUCAGAGUCCAGGUGCAAAGCAACUGCCGUAGGAAGGAGGGGCGGCGUACAGUGGCGUGAAUGAGGACGGAGACGCCGCACGGGGGGCUAAACUAGGUGCAGCUGGGGCCCCUCCUGUUGAUCGCUCGCUCGCUCCCGUUCUGGUAUUCCCAUUGGGGAGAAACGGGGGCCUCUUUUGUCCUGCCGUUGGGUGGAAAGAAGAAAAAAAAAAUCCAAGAGCAGAUUUCAUUUCAAAGAGAAAAGCUGGCCCUUCUGAGUUGAGAGAGUGUGACUAGAUAGACCCAAAGCAUUUUUUCUUCUGAGAUUUCUCGUUUAAUGUGCACAAGAGGCAGGCCGUCGAAGUUUCCAUGGAGUCUUCCUUCAUGAGCGGGACAUCCUGCCGUGACCCCCUCGAGACGGGCCUGCCAGCGUACGGUCACGAGCAGCCAAUCGGAGAACAACCUUGAACUCCACAAUGAAAUCAGACAAUUGUAAUUGACAAGAAAGCAGGGGGGGAAACGCCCAAUUUGGUGGCCGCUCAUGCUGAAUCGAAUUACACACCCACUGCCCGUCUCAUUGCAGGCUGGGGGAUUUCGGGAUAGGGGAUUAGAGUGUUCGAAGGUUGAGAAACUGUCUUUUUUUUUUUCUCUUUU